AUAUUAUUUUUAUUAAGUUAAAGACCAAAAUCUUGAUGUUUGAUAAACAUGCUCUAAUGUGGGCUUGUGUUCGACUAAGAGUUUAUCAUACAUCACACGGGUUUAAAGUUGCUUGCCUGCUUGGUGCGUAAACCGCGUAGUUGCGAAUCUUGCGAUCGUCAACUCGUCGGUCGAUUGAAGUGGUAGGUGAGUGACUACGAGAUACGGGGGAAGUCAAUGAUCUCCAAAGAUUCAACAAAAAAGAUACUGGUAAAGCUGAAAAUCAUGGCUGAGUCAGUUAGCAGCAGUUCAACAAGAAAGCUCGUUCGAAUUGAUAUCAGUUCAGAUAAUCUAUGUCCUUGGUGUUAUGUGGGAAAAAUCAAUUUAGAUAAAGCUAUUGCUGCAUCGAAACAUCAGUUCGAUUUUGAGAUACAUUGGCACCCGUAUUUCCUGGAGCCUUGUGCCCCCAAAGAAGGUGUGAACAAGAGGGAUUUCUAUAGAAAGAAGUUUGGUUCUCGGUAUGAACAAAUUAUAAGGCACACAACUGAGGCAUAUAAGAGCCUUGGCCUGAACUAUAACAUGGACGGGUUAACGGGAAAUACGGUAGAUAGCCACAGGCUAAUAUAUUUUGCAGGGAAACAAGGGCUUGAUAAGCAACACGAUCUUGUUGAAGAGCUUUUCUGCGGAUACAUGACACAAGGAAAAUACAUAGGCGACUGGGAGUUCCUUUUGGAAUGUGCUAAGAAGGUUGGUGUGGAAGGAGCAGCCGAGUUUCUUCAGGAUCCAAACAAUGGCCUCAAGGAGGUGAACGAUGAUUUUGAAAAAUAUUCGGCACAUCUUGGUGGUGUUCCCUACUAUGUGAUCAACGGCAAACACAAGUUCAGUGGUGGGCUGCCUCCAGAAGGCUUCCUUCGAGCCUUCGAAGGUGCAUCUAAGUAACGUCUUGGAAGUUGGAACACCAUUAUUGUACGCCACUUGGCUAUUUGAUCUACAUAUUUGAACUUAUAAAAAUAAUCAUCCAAUCCUUGUAUGAUAGCUAGGAACCACGCAGCUUUGAACAACUGCGUUCCCUUCAUUGUCUUAUGUUGUAACUUUGUACUACAUAUGAGAUUCUACCUCUUCUCUUGUAACUUUACAACUUGAAUAAAUGAAUAAGUGUUCACGAAAGUUCA